CUUCUUUACAUCAGUCUGUUUUUGUUUUGUUUUAUUAUAUUUUGCUUGAAAACUUAUUAGGCUAUUGCUUGUUUUAUGUACAUGAUAACUGAAAAUACUGUAUAUUAUAGAAAGACUUUGCUUGCUACUUGGUUAUUCAUGUGAUAAAUAACACCCUUCAUACCACCUUGAACCUUUACAACUACAUAUUCAAGUUUUGGUUUAUUUAAAUUAAUUUAAUUGGUCUUCUUCUUUGAAAAUGUCUGGAGUUGUAUGAAGAGCUUUUAUUAUAAGUUUUUUUAUCACUGAUCCUUGCUUUGUCUGAAACUUUUACCAAAUUUAAUAAUUGUUUUUGGUAUGGCGAGUCGAAAACUGCCUGAAUGGAUGUGCAAUUCAAAAGAAAAGGGUACAUCUGAAAUUGAAACCAGUAGACCAUCUCAACUUCUCAAAUUCACAGGAAGGAUAAUCUUCAUCAAAGACGGUGACGAAGCAGGCUUGAACCAUGAGCUUGGCUUACUAAUAAAAAGAAUAGAAACUUUUCACGAAGAAGUUGGAGAAAAAUUCGCUGUGGGCUUUGACAUAGAAUGGCCUGUUGAUUUGAAACGAAGAUUCUUUGGAAAGGUUUCACUUAUGCAAAUAUGUCCGGAUGAAAGUCUUUGUUACAUAAUUCAGCUUGGAAGCUACGAGGUGUUACCUGAAAUUAUUCAAACUUUUAUGUCAUUACGAAGUGUGAUACUAGUCGGCAAUUGUAUCAGGAACGAUGUAUGGAAAAUCGGUCGUGAUUUUCAACUUUCUCUAAUAAACGUUGUUUCAAAGAACGUUCGAGAUCUUGGAGUUUAUGCAAAUACUGUGAUCAGUCCUCCACAAACUUGGAGUCUUCAGAACCUUGUCCAGUAUUGUCUGAAAAAAGAUCUGGAUAAAACAGAGGAAGUGAGAUUAAGUGACUGGGGAAAAUCAUUGACGAAACAGCAAACUCUAUAUGCAGCAACAGAUGCCUAUGCUUCCCUCCUAGUCUACAAGCACUUAAAACAACUAGAAACCAAAAACCUGGAGAUUUUAGCUCGUGCUACUAUGAAAAAAGCCACAGUUGACCGCAGUUAACUAUGUCGCAGUUAACCUCAAAACUUGUUCGUUGCUGCAAUCUGGGCAGCAUUGACUUUGGAUCUGCUCUCAAACUUCAACGGUUUGCUGCGGACAAAAUCCGUGAAACUAAUUCACCCGGUGUUUUACUACUGUUAGAACAUACCCCUGUUUACACCAUAGGUAUACGUACACAAGAUUAUACCAAAGAAGAUGAGAUAAGACUGAGGAAAACGGGUGCUGAGUUUUUCAAGACAAACCGCGGUGGACUGAUUACAUUCCAUGGUCCAGGACAAUUAGUUGUGUACCCUAUAUUAAACUUGAAACAUUUCAGGACUAGUAUGAAGUGGUACAUUUGUUCCCUCGAAAAAACAGUGAUAGAUACUUGUGCUAAAUAUAAACUGAACGCAGCUACGUCCCCUCAUACCGGCGUUUGGAUUGGUGACCGGAAGGUAUGUGCUGUAGGGGUGCAUGGUAGUAGGUACAUUACUAGUCAUGGUAUUGCUCUGAAUUGUAACACGGAUUUGAAGUGGUUUGAAAGUAUAGUUCCUUGUGGGAUUCCUGAUAAGGGUGUGACGUCACUGAGUAGGGAACUGGGUAGGGAGGUGGGGGUGGGAGAAAUAGCGCCAAAAUUGUUGGAGAGUUUUGAAAAGUUGUUUGAUUGUAGAACUGAGUGUUUGAAAAAUGUUGAAGAUAUGUAAUUUUUUGUUUGAGUACAGAACUGAGUCUUUGAAAAGUGUUGAAGAUUUGUAAUUUUAUUUGAUACUGCUAGAAGUUGACAGGGGGUUUGAAUGGUUGUUCCUAUUUUCAACGUUUCUUUUCAAUUUCUUAUUUGAAUCUUAUGUAAAUUUCUCAUUUCUCAGGGUUGUAUAAAAGUAAUUUCGUGUUAUAUUAUUAGUUUUUUUUGUUUAAACCUAGUUGGUUACCUUUUUAAAACUAUUGCAGGGUAAAAGAAAAGAGACGGGGUGCUCCCUGUGCACUGGGCUAUUGUCCCCAAAAGAUGCAUCCUCUAACUCUCGACUAGCAUACUUUAUUGUCCUCUGAUUCCGCUUCAUUAGUGGCCCCGUGUGCUUUCUUGAAGACAAUUCUAGAUGGUAGGUGGUAGCACAAACUUAUCUAUUACUUUGCACCUUACAUCUGUUACUUGUAUAAUCUGCAAUUAUUGAAUGUGAAUCAGUGAUCAAGUACUUGUAAUUAUUCUAUCAUUCCCAAUCGUUUAUUUUAUGAAACUCAACUUGCUCACAAGCUGUAUACAGACUAACUUGUGUUACAUACAAUUCUAUACUUAUUGAACGUACGAUUGUUUGGCAUCAUUUUAAAUUCUAUUAGAUUUAACACAACUUGGCAAACAUAUGAUGUGUAUCAUGUGUUUGUCAAGUCCCAUUCAAUCUCGUAGAACUUAUAAGGACGGCUAACAAACGUCCAAAAAUCGAUGUGGGCUUUACACACGUUUGACUAAAUUAAAUUUAGUACAAAUGUUGUACUUGUCAUCGAUAGUAAUGAGUGCGUUUAUCCAAUCACUGUAUGCUACCACUGGUUUACAGCUGAAAGUGCCUUCAAGUAACCACACUGGUCCUCCAAUAUAUUGCUCGGAGUGGAAACCUCAACAAUAGACCACGAAAAUGUCGAAAUUCAAUAACAAUAGGUGACCACUGAAGGGUCUCUUGAACUUCUAUCUGUCCAUCCAUUGGUUUUGGAGGCCCCGUCUAAUUUCUUUAACCCCUAUUGCAUAUUGUAUUUAUCUUGAGAUAAUUGAUUCAAGUACAUUCUGAACUCAUUGCAAAUCUAGGGCUCGGUUGCUCAGAAGCCGAUUAAAUUUUAAUCGUAAUUAAUUUUACGAGAACCAAUCAGAGAAGGCGUUUUUGAAAAGACGACUUCUCUGAUUGGUUCUUGUGAAAUUAAUCACGGUUAAAAUUUAACCGGCUUUAGUGCAACCGGCACUGUCUCUGAAAUAUUCUAAAACUCUUUCUUCAAUGUGUGGCAUAUUGUAUGAGCCUUCUCUCAUCUUGAGAUUUUUCUAUGUACCUAUUAGCAUAGAGAAACAAUAGCGUAAGUAGAUAUCCCAUGAUAUAGAGAAUUUAUGUCGCAACUUUUACUGUUAUCUCAAGCCGAUUACUGUCGAUUAUUGUCAAUUUUUACUGUUUUGUUGGG